GUGAGACUCAACUAUGGCUUCCUUCUCGUAGUGAUGGAGGUGCACUGUUGACAACAAGACACAGCUGGAGCUUUAUUCAUUUCUUUAGCCGCUGAUACGACUUGGACUUACGAUGCAGAAGAUAAAGUCUCUUAUGGCCCGUCAGGGCCUGAAAAGCCCCCAGGAGAGCAUGGCAGACCUGAGUCCUGUGGAGAACCUGAGAAUCCCGAGCAAGGAGGAGCUGCGGGAGCUGAGGGAGCAGCCCAUCGACCCCCAGGCGGAGCAGGAAAUCAUCGACAGCAUCGAGGAGGUCUACUUCUCAAAUGACUCCUUCGACAUGGUGCAGCAUGAACUGGAGAAACUCCCGCCCGAGUUGAACCUGCAGGAGUUGGAGGAAUACAGAGACAAACUUAAAAGGCAACAGGCAGCAGUUUCCAAAAAGGUCGCCGAUCUCAUUCUGGAGAAACAGCCUGCUUAUGUGAAGGAGCUAGAGAGAGUGACGGCGUUACAGACCAACCUGCAGCUGGCAGCAGUCAUUUGCACUAAUGCAAGGAGGCAACUGAGUGUGGCCAAGGAGGGAUUCACCGAGGCCAGCCUCGGUCUCCUGGCCAAUCAGAGAAGGCGACACCUGCUAACAGGCCUGCUCAAGUCUCUGAGGACCAUCAAGACCCUGCAAAGAACAGAUGUAAGACUCAGCGAGAUGCUCGAGGAAGAAGAUUAUCCAGGUGCAAUCCAGCUGUGUCUGGAAUGUCAGAAGGCCGCCAGCACCUUUAAACACUACAGCUGCAUCAGCGAGUUGAAUUCCAAACUACAAGACACUCUGGAGCAGAUCGAGGAGCAGCUUGACGUCGCUCUGUCGAAGACUUGUAAGCACUUCGAUGUCUCGCACUACACCAAGGUCCAGCUGGCCUACACGCUACUGGGGAAAACACAGACUGCUAUGGACCAGUUACACAUGCACUUCACCCAGGCCAUCCACAACACAGUGUUCCAAGUUGUGCUGGGAUACGUGGAGCUGUGCGCCGGCAAUGCCGAUACCAAGUUCCAGAAGAUGCAGUAUAAGGACCUGUGCACGCAUAUUACCCUGGACAGCUACAUUCCCUGCCUGACAGAUCUGUGUAAGGCAUUGUGGGAGGUGAUGCUAAGCUACCACCGUACUAUGCAGUGGCAUGAGGAGCACGACAAACAGGAGACCACACCCACUCCAGAGGAUGCUGCUGCCGCCGAGUCCGAUGAGCUGGCCGUGGACCGCAGUUACGUGAAGAAGAAGUUGGAGCAUGGACUGACACGAAUCUGGCAGGAUGUCCAGUUGAAAGUGAAGGCCUACAUCCUGGGGACAGACAUGUCUAACUUCAAAUACGACGAUUUCAUAGUGGUACUGGAUGUCAUCAGCAGGUUGAUGCAGGUGGGUGAGGAGUUUUGUGGCAGUAAGUCUGAGGUCCUGCAGGAGUCCAUCAAACGCCAGAGUGUCAACUACUUUAAAAACUACCACAGGGCCCGACUGGAGGAGCUAAGGAUGUUUCUGGAAAAUGAGACGUGGGAACUGUGUCCAGUCAAGUCUAACUUUAACAUAGCCCAGCUCCAUGAGUUUAAGUUUAUGGGUCAGUGUCGCUCGCCUUCGGUGUCCCCGAGCAGGCAGGCCGUGUCUUCAACUAGCCCGGCCCAGGAGGAGCUGUCCCUGUUCCAGCAGUACCAGCGAGAGGGAAACCCCUUUGAGAUGCACAUGGAGCACAAGGAAGAGGAGACGGAGGAUGUGCUGGCAUCCAAUGGGUACGAGUCAGACGAGCUGGAGAAAAGCGUGUACCAGGAUUACGACAGCGACAGCGAUGUCCCAGAGGAGCUCAAGCAGGACUAUGUUGAUGAGCAGACGGGUGAUGCUCCUCUAAAGAGCGUACCCCGAGAAACCAUGAGAAGCAAGAAGAAGUCCGACUACAACCUCAAUAAGACCAACGCACCAAUUCUCACCAACACCACCCUCAACGUCAUCCGGCUUGUUGGAAAGUACAUGCAGAUGAUGAACAUUUUGAAGCCAAUUGCCUUUGACGUCAUCCACUGCGUAUCACAGCUUUUCGACUACUACCUUUACGCUGUGUACACUUUCUUUGGACGCAACGACAUGUAUGAGUCAUCAGGUCUGGGCCUUAUCAGCAGCAGACUGAGAACCACACUGAACCGGAUCCAGGAGAGCCUCAUUGAUAUGGAGGCUGUUGGGGAGAACGCAGGGGUGCAUGGCCCAGCAGAGGACAGGAAGGAGAAGGUGCCCAGCCCCCAUCUCAGCCAGCUGGUGGUCCUCACUAACAGCGGGACUCUCUACGGGCUGGCACAAAGGGUGGUGGCCACAGAGUCUCUUGUGUUUCUGGCAGAGCAGUUUGAGUCCUUGCAGUCCCACUUGGACACGAUGAUGCCUGCAGCCAAGAAGCCCUUCCUGCAGCAGUUUUAUUCGCAGACGGUGUCUACAGCCAGCGAACUGCGGAAACCAAUUUACUGGAUCGUGGCGGCCAAGGCCAUUGACUAUGAACAAAUGUUGCUCAUGAUGGCCGGAGUUAAAUGGGACAUUAGGGAGAUAAUGUCCCAGCACAAUGUAUAUGUGGAUGUCUUGUUAAAGGAGUUUGAGCAAUUUAACAAGCGGUUGGGUGAAGUUUCCAGACAUGUGCGCAUCCCCCUGCCUGUGUCCAACGUCCUGUGGGAACACUGCAUCCGUUUGGCCAACAGGACUCUUGUUGAGGGCUACGCUAAUGUAAAGAAAUGCAGCAAUGAGGGCCGGGCCCUGAUGCAGCUGGAUUUUCAGCAGUUCCUGAUGAAGCUGGAGAAGCUGACUGACCUGCGCCCCAUCCCUGAUAAGGAGUUUGUUGAAACCUACAUUAAGGCCUAUUACCUGACUGAAAAUGAUAUGGAGCAGUUCAUCAAGAAUCACAGGGAGUACUCCAUGAAGCAGCUAGCCAACUUGGUGAACGUUUGUCUCGGUUCACAUAUAAACAAAAAGGCUCGCCAGAAACUUCUGGCAGCCAUCGAUGACAUUGACAGACCCAAGAGAUAGACCAAUGCACAGAGAAGCAAACAUACCAUUCAUCCCACAGAGAUGGACCCUCCAAGAGUGUAGCUCAGCGUUGAAUGUCUUUAUUUUCAAGUCUAAAAGGUGCAUUUAGCAAGCUGGAAAUAAGUAGCAGAGCUACUAGCUCUAAUACUGUACAUUAUCUGCUAAUUGCUAAUUAUGUGCUUAUCUAGUCUUCAUAUGGUAAAAAAUAAUUCACUCCUGGUUGCUUGAACGCACCUUUUGACUUGCCGAUAUACAUAAAUACUAAACCUCUGUUUACUUCCAAGCAUGUUGCAGGCAUUCUAUGCAUAUACGGACCAGAAUGCAUGCCCUCAUGUUUUCUUACAACGUGAAGUUUUUCUGCAACCGCAACAGCUUACAUUUUUUGAAGAUCUCGAGUUUGAUUGUCUGCUGCUCAUAAACUCUCACUGUGUAAUGCGGUGUGUCCGUUUACCACUCGGCUGCUUGUGGCAUUCCACCCUCCGCAAAAAAAGCCAGUGAACAUGUGCGAGUGGCUAAAUCUGACUCUUAAUGUUGUUACGCUUUCCCACGAGAACAUUUUAAUACGCCUUUACUGUCUGAAUGUGUUAACUGAAGUCAGUGGUUCUGGGUUAUUGUUGACCUUAAUCGUUCACUGUAACUUAUUCCAGGCUCGCUGUAGAUUAUUUCACUUCGGGGUAUUUGCUGCGUCAGACUGGAUUCCCUGCUUGGUCGUUUUAGUUAGUUCUGUUCCCGAAUUAGAUGAAUCUAAAUGAAUGAUGAUUCUGAAAGUAAUAUAAAUUGCUGUAGUUAGCAUUCAUUUGAUUGGAUUAUAUCUGCACCAGCUGCAUUUAUUUAUCUGCCAUCUGUCAUAUCCGAGGGGGAGGGCGGGGUAUUUUAUCAGCCUGGGGCGACUUUUUGCAAGUCUUCGUGAAAGUGCAUAUCCUGGACUUCAGUCUCUGGCCUUUUUUUUUGGACGAGCAGUAGAAUUUGGCUCAUUUUUAUCUAAAUUUGUUAGGCUCCGAUAGUUUAACCUGAACGGACUUGCAGAGAUGUUUGUAACCUUAACUUCCUCUGGAGAAAAAGAAAAAAAACAAAGGUUUUGCUUCACCUUCGUAUAUAUUUUGUGUGCAACUAUUCCAAGAAGAAUACUGUAAAUGUGAAUGUUUGAGCAAUGUCUGUAUUUAUUUCUUGCUUCGUGUCUUAUUUUGGGUUUUUUUUUUUAUAUGAUAUAACUGCUGGAAGUGUACUGUAAUAUAUCACCUCUCAGUAUGUUGUGACGUAUCACCUGAAGCAGAAACAAAUAUUUAAAACUGUCAUAUUAUGUGAAGGGUCAAGUGCACUAUAAUAAAUAAAAAAUCAAUAAAAAUCAUUAAUCAGUGUUGGAAUUGUAGGUUGAACCACGAUGAUUCUAACGCAAUAAACACACUAACGGUCGA